CAUGGUUAUAGCGUAGGACUGUAGGGACAUAUGCGUUUGACUGUCAUUGAGCGGAAGAAAUGAAGCGAUGUGGUGUGUGGAAUAUGGGAUGACGGGCGUUGUUUCUUUAGCUACGAGGUCCAGAUUUCUUAUCAAAACAAACAUAUGGAGGUUAUCUUCGCAUGGGACAACCAGCCUCAGCGGUUGUGGUGCUUUUUAUAUAAACAGUCGUUUCUUCGAGUUUGCAGUUGAGAAGGUGUCUCUUCAGCUUCCUUUGGAGCUGCUCUUACUGAACGAUCAACUCCUCCAUGGACCACUAUUCUCCACCCACACUCUUUAGACAAAACGCGAUGACUUCCAAGAUGAGAUCGGUAUCAGCUCCACACGAUACCCGGCUCUAUCACCAAGCAGACAGGGAAAUUAUCAACAAGACGCUACCAAGUCCAAAAUCAAACAUCUGUUCCAACUACUGGAGAAUACCAGACGACGAGUUGUUUCUUACAUCCAUCUCUGUGAACAAAGAGAACCCAGAACAGUUGGCCGUUGCCUCAGGCAAAUGCGAAUCGAACCUUUUCAUCUAUGACAUUGAUUACAAAGACAUGUCGCUGACACAUCAACAAACCAUAUCGCUUCCAUAUAUACAAAGCACACAGUGGCUGGGAUACGAUAAGGCUGAAAGCCUGCUUCUCACAGGCCAUAGAAACGGCUCCGCACAUAUCGUCUCUAUCCCUGACUCCAACUCCGAAGAGAGUGCCAGUAUCAUAAAGAGAUUUAACCACAAGAAACACUUCACAUCCAACUAUCAACGUUCAAUAAGCGUGGAUCAGCUUGUGCUGCCAAAUUGGAUCAACAACCGACAGAACUUCCUAUCCAGCUGUAAUGAAAGCAUUUUCCUUUGGGACAUGCACCACAGAUCAGAUUUACCAAUUCUGAAGACUCAGCACCUGGGUCUACUGAGUUUUGAUGCAUCUUUAGCCCAGAAUGGAAUGAUUUCACUAGCUGGUGAUUUUGGUAUUGCUCUGAAUGACCUUCGAGCACCAACUGGAACACCUUCCGUUUUCACACCAAGACAGAACCUUGGUGCCUCAAACUGUAUUAAAUGGGCACCAUACGACUCAAACGUCUUAGCAGCUUCGCACAUUGAUGGAACUGUGAGACUGUGGGAUAUCCGAGCUCAGAACUCCUUUGGUAAAUUGGCUGGCCAUAAAGACAUGGUGACGUCGAUUCAAUGGUCCGAGGAGAGUUCUGCUGAUUUGUACACUGGUGGUAAGGACGGCUGUAUAAUUCACUGGGAUGUUCCAAUGACAGAAGACCUUUCAGAAUGUUGUCUCAGAGAAGGUCUCGAAAGUGUUAAGUAUAUGGCAGAUCAAUUCUUUACAGACGACAAGGACAUUUAUGCAAACUUGAAGAGAAGACAGUGUGGUAGCUUGAUCCCAGCAGCAAAGACUUCAAUUGUUGAUAUGUGUUCCACUGGAAGUAAAAUACUGUCUAUUGAUAGCUCGGCGUUCCUUGGUGCUCAUGAUAAGAGAGGUGCAGACUCUUUCACAGUGGAGGAAGGUACUUCUGAUACUAUUAUGGAGGAGAUGUUGAGCGAGUUCCCAAUACUCUCGGUAUCGUCUUCUCCAGGUUCACCUUCAUCAUCAUCUCGCACUUUGUACGAGGCUUCGCCACAGUCUUCUCCUGUCAUAUCGGUGGCUAAGAGUUCCUCAUUGACUCUUGAGCCAUCACUGUCCAAGCCUUUGACAAAACUUGAAAACGAUUCCACAUCUACUUUAGUUGAAAAGUUUGAGCUUCUCCUGAAAGGAGAAACUUCAAACACGAGAAGAGUCUCUGGAGAUACUUUGCACGACAGCGAUGGAACAGAUUACUCACUAAGUACUGACGUUUCACGCUCUGAAGAAGUGGAAGCUGCUUUCACCUAUGAAAAGAUCGUUCCUUUGGACUUAUCCAUGAGGUUACUUGUUGAAAGACAGCCCAUGGCUUAUAUUUAACUAUAACACAGUACAAGCUGCUGGUACUCCUUGAACGAAAUGAUAUCCCAAUACAUGAGCACCUAACUUGUUAGCGCUCGAUGUUAAUUAACUUUCCAUGUCACCGACAACUUAAUCAAAACCAAUGAUCUGUGAUCAAAUUUAUAAUUCAUUUCAAGUAGAUAGUACGAAAUACACCAAAGGUGUGUAGUGUCAAUUCA